AAAAAAAAAAAAACCAUAUUUCUAAAUUUUUAUUUUAGAGAUCAAAUAGUCGAACAGGAUUAAUAAUUGUAGAUGAAGAAGACAAAUUACAUAAAUAUAUUAUUCAAGUAACGCUUCUUCAUAAAUCAUGGCCAUUAACAGCAAAUCAAUGGCAAUUUGUUGAACAACUUAAAGAACAAGAAAAAAAUGAAUUACAAGUUUUUAAUCCACAAUCAUCAACACCUAAAACCGAUCGACCAAUUAACGAUUCAACAAGUAGUAAACGAACAGGACAAACAAAUUCUAAUGUAUCGAUAACAAGCAAUAGAAUAAAAAGUAGUACUGUUGGAAGCGGAAGAAGUAGUACAACAUCAUUAAAUCGAUCGAAAUCGUUAAAAGAGAAUACAGAAAAAACAAUUGAUACAAGUAAACCUCAUUGGAUAUUACGAAUUAUAUCCGAUGCAGAUAAAGUUGAUGAAUUAACAAUUAAAAAAGACACUGAACGAAAUGAAGAAUUAAUGAAUAUAAAAAAAGCAUGGGAAACAUUUCAAGUUGGUCGAGCUAAAAAAGCAAUGGAAACAAGACAAAAAUUUCUUGAUUCUUUACAAUCAAAAGUUGAUGAAGUUUCAUUAUAUGAAACAACUGAUGAUGCAACAAAUAUUUCAGAAAUUCGUACGGAUGAAGAAGUAUCUACUACAAUUAAUUCUUCAAUUAUAGAACAACAACAAUCAGUUAACAAACAAACUUCAACGACAAAGAAAAGUAUUUCAUCAACGAAAAAAGAAUCCGUUAAAGAUGAAGUUUCCAAACAAAUUGAACUAAUUUCACCAUCACUUUCAUCAUCAUCACAAAUCGAUGAACCUCUUCUAGAUGAACCACCAGCAAGUAAACCUAAAAUUAUUUUGCCACCAUUGGAUGUAAAACCUUUUCUCAAACAAAAACUGUUUUCCGAUGAACCGAUUAUAUCUGAUUCAUUAUUUGAACAAGAAGAUUUACAACGUCGUCAAAGUAAUUUUAUUGAACAUUCGAAAUAUGUUGAUGAAAUUCGUCAAAUUCGUCAAGAAGAUCAAAAUAAUCGAUAUAAAGAAAAAAUUCGUCAAUUAGAAGAAUAUUUUGAUUUACAAGCUAAAACUGAUCAAAUUCGUUGUACUAUUAAUGAACCACGUGAAGAAUUUCGACAACGAUUUCUUGAAAUUGAACGUAUACGUCUACAAGAAUUAGCUAUUCAAGAAGAACAAUUAAUGAAUGAAGAAAAAGCAAAAUUAGCAGCUAUGAUCAAACCAAUUAAAAAGAAAACAUCAACUGGAAAAAAGAAAAAGAAAUAA